GUGGGUAGGGGGUGCCGGCAUGAUUUCGCUCCCCAUUGCCCACCUAGAUGUUGUGUGGAGACGGGAGAAUGAGAGACAGCUUGGAGAAGUAGGGAGGCAAGGAUGCUGUGUGAGAAAUAGAUUGUGGGGAGGUAGAGGUGGGGGGGUGGUUGGCGAUUUGGGGGAGACGAUUUUUUCUUUUUUAUUUUUUUAUUUUAUAUGUUGUAUUAUAUUUUGGGACAAUAGUGGAGUGAUAUGCAAAUUUCCGUUGAUAAUAUUUGUAGGUUGAAAGUUGUAGUCUGAUUGAGAAUAAUAAAGAAAACCAAAAGUGAAUUUAUAGUCUCUCAGUCUUCCUUCCAUCCACAUUUCCCCUUCCUUCUCCUUCUCUCCAUUUCUUCAUUCAGAAGGAUGGCGGUGGUGUUGACACCUCUCCCUCUCUCCUUUCAGCGUUCCCUCUAUCUAUGUCCAUGCCGCACUUCCUUUCAAUCUCCUUCAAACAUUCCUCGUCGAUUCAUUACAUUCGCAGUUGUUAAGAGGAGCCCCAAACGUCUCAAGUACUCUUCCCCUCGAUUUACUAAGGAGGAUGGAUUAUUGUAUGUUGAGGUUGAUCCGUGGGGGGCCGACUCUUGGAAAUUGGACCCCAUUGUUGAGCUCUUGAAACAAGGAGCUGUUGGAGUUAUUCCAACUGAUACUGUGUAUGCAAUAGCUUGUGAUCUGAGAAACAACUCAGCCAUUGAACGGUUGCGUAGAAUAAAAGAUAUAGAACCUUCAAAGCCACUUAGCAUUUUAUGUCACUCUUUCAAAGACAUUGACAAAUACACUACAGGAUUUCCUCGUGGCAAUGGCCAAGGUCUUACAAACAUUUUCCGAGCUGUUAAACAUUGCCUACCUGGUCCGUACACUUUCAUUUUGACUGCAAGUAAGGAACUGCCAAAGCAAUGCAUACGAUAUGGAACUACAGCUUCCAAGUAUGCAUCAAGGAAGAAUGUAGGUGUUCGUAUACCAGAUGAUCCUGUUUGCCAGGCAAUACUGGAGAAGAUGGAAGCCCCUUUAAUAUCCACAAGUGUCAAGUCGCCAAAGGAGAAUGAAUGGAUGUUAGAUCCGGUCGUGAUAGCUGACGUAUAUGGACCUGAGGGUCUUGAUUUUGUUGUUGCCGCUGGUACUAGAGUUGCUGAUCCAUCUACUGUGGUGGACAUGACUGGGAGUUUGCCUCGAAUAAUACGACAAGGAAAGGGUCCUAAGCAGCCGUGGAUGGUUGCAGAAGAAGAAGAAGAAGAAGAUUCUGAUGUAAAGGAAGACCACGUGGUCCCUCGUGUAGCUUAGGGGAGAUGAGAUGAGAUGAGAGGAGAGCAACUUGUGUUGGUAUGGUAAUUGAAUUUGAAGGAGAAAGCGUGGGAGUGGGCGCCAAAGAAACAGUUUUCGCUAAACCAAACCACGUCUACGUCAACACCCUAUUCUUCCCUCCCUCCCAACUCUUCAAAUAUUCAAAAUUUUCACUAAACUUCCACUGUACGCUGCAAUAAACUCCAACUACUUUCAUUCUA